GAUGUAUCCCAUCCCUUGAUAUAUUUGAUAUAUCAUCAAGAUGAAGCUCAUCAACAUCCUUCCGCUUGUCGCUAUAUCUGCGGCCUUCGUUCUCCCUGAGGAGACCGAGGUUGGACAGCAAAAAUUUGUGCCCAAGAAGUCAAAGACCUUCUUUGAGAGAAUUUCUAGUAGUUUUGGAGACCGCUAUCAGAAGAGCAUCAGCCUUACCGAGAAUGCUCUUGAUGAAGCCAUAUCAGUGGCAGAAAGCCUAGCCAAAAAAGCUAAGGGAUACAGCCUGUCCACAUAUGAGGCGUUCGAUGCCGAGGCGUGGAUCGACUCUGCUUCCGACGUCGUCGACGAGAUCAAUCCUUUCAUGGUAGGAGAUCAUCCUCGUCACCCUGGUCAUCCAGACCGCCCACAUCGUCCGCAUCGCCCAGAUCAUCCAGAUCGUCCGGACCGCCCAGAUCGUCCAGACCAUCCGGAUCACCCGGAUCACCCAGACCACCCAGACCACCCUGAUCAUCCAGAUCAUCCAGACCACCCCGAUCACCCGCCUCACCCACCUCACCCACCACAUCCACCCCAUCCCCCUCGUCCCCCUCAUCCUCCUCACCAUAAGAAGCCUCAUCAUGGCCACGGCAAGCCGAACCGUACGAUAUAUGAGCAAAUCUCCAGCAGCAAGUUCACGACGGAACUGACCAAGAUCAUCAACCAGUUUGACGACCUUGUCCAGCUCCUCAACAGCACGGAGGCCAACUACACGAUCUUUGCGCCAACGAAUGAUGCAUUCAAGCAUCUCCCUGGUUUUCAUAAGAAGCCUAGCAAGGAGAUCAUCAAGGCAAUCUUGGAGUACCACCUUUCGCCCGACCUCUACCCCCUCCGGAGGCUGCUGCUCAGCCACACAGUCCCAACGUCCUUGAAGGAAGAUGGACUCGGUGGAAACGCUCAGAGGUUGCGGAUUGGACUUGGCCUACGUGGGCUAAAUGUUAACUUUGUCACCCACUUCAAAGCGGUCAAUAUCGGUGCAACCAACGGCAUAAUCCAUGCCAUCGAUCACAUCCUCCUCCCUCCUCCCUCCAUCCUAACCAUCCUAUCUCACCUCCCUGGCCAAUUCUCUACCCUCCAACUCGCUCUCACCAAAACAGGGCUGGCAUCUGAUAUCGCGAAAGCCCACACCACCGGCGCCACAUUCUUCGCGCCAGAUAACCGUGGCUUCCAGAUUCUUGGGCCGAAGGUUCUUGCCUUUCUCUUUAGCCCUCGUGGAGAGAGCUACCUUAAGGCGCUGCUGAAGUAUCACAUCGUUGCCAACCAGACGCUGUACUCUGACGCGUUCUACCACUCCAAGAAAUAUAUUCCUGUCGGAGUUCCUCUGCAUGUCGAUCUGCCGACGUUGUUGGAGGGAAAGAGUCUCGGAAUUGAUAUUGCACGUUUUGGGCGCUUAAUUAAUGUGAGAAUUAAUGGGUAUACUGACGUCGCUGUCCAGGACGGAAUUGCCCGUAAUGGCGUCUUGCAGAUUCCCCGCCAUGUAUUGAUUCCACCGAAGCCUCCUGGGGACUAUGAGGUGGAGGUGGAGGCCGAGGCCGGAGAUAUGACUGUGGAGGACUUCACAAGUCGCUUUGGUGACUUGGUGGACGAGUCUCUAGAAAAGGAGAAUAAAGCCAGGAAGGCCGCUUGGUGGGAGCUGUAGCCUCGGUUCGUAAAAAUAUUGUGCUUGGAUUUCUACUAUUUAUAUCAACGACGAAUGAGUGGAACUCACUGACUAGGAUAUUUUUAUUUCUUGGUUUGAACUGGAAAUUAUUGGAUACACGUUCAUUUUAGCGUCGAGAGCAAGGGC